UCUUCAACUCACGGCAACAGAAUGGCCAACAUUCCGGCAAAGUGAUUCUGCCAUCAGUUGUUGUGCAAGCGUGUACGAGUACGGUAACCCGUACGCGCAUACGGCAGUCGAAUUUUGGCAUCAGAGUGAAUAACUGCAAAAACUAAGACUCAAUAACAAAAAAAUCAAAAAAUAACAAAAUACGUCCAAAUAAUGCACAAAUUCCCAGAGCAAGGCUAGGCAUAUCGCAGUAGUGGCGUUUGCAAGCGAUCAGCAAUGUCGGGCGACGGCAGCGUGGAGACAACUGCGCGGCAUCUUAAAGCUGCUUCCGGUUCCGGUGAAGGUAGCAGACAGCAGCAGCAACAGCAGCAACAGCAGCAACAACAACAGAAGCGGCAAAAGCGAUUAUCGAGUGGUACAACGCCCAAGAAGCCGAACAAAGCUGGCAACAAUCUUGGCCUAAUGACAGCUGGCAACAGCAGCAGCAGCAGCAACAGAGCGAGCGGAAGCGGAAGUGGAAGUGGGAUUGGAGCUGGAGCCGGAGCCGGAGCAAACAUCCAAACGUCCGUAAAGGUAGGCACCAUGACGACAGUGACAGCAACGCCAGGCAAAGCCACGCUCAGUCACGUCCACAGCCAUAGCCAUGGACAUGGACAUGGCCAUGGGCGGGGGCACGGACACGGACAUGGCCAUGGCCAUGGAAGGGGCGGCAGAAGUGGUCGCAGUGCUGCAGCUGCAGCUGGAGCUGGAGCAGGUGGAGCUGUUGGUGCACCAAGGACAGGUCAGUGCAAUGUGGAUGGUUUCGCGGGCGGAAUUGAGACAUACCUGGGGCUCAUCGGUUGGCGCAAGAAGUGCCUCUACACGCUGCUGCUGCUGUUGAUGCUGCUCAUUGUCACCAAUCUGGUGCUCACCCUCUGGAUAAUCAAAGUGAUGCAGUUCUCAUUGGAGGGCAUGGGACAGCUGAAAAUCUUACCCGGUGGCAUACAGCUGUCGGGAACAGCGAUAAUUAUGGACAUGCUACGCACAUCAACAAUCCGUUCGAGGCCUGGCCAUCCCCUGUCCAUAGAAUCAUCACGUAAUUUUUCAAUCAAUACACGUGACGCGAAUGGUAUGAUUGAGAAUCAUUUAUUUCUGGGACACGAUAAGUUCGAGUGCCUGGCGGGGACAUUUCGCAUCAACGAUACGAAUGGACGGAACCUAUUUUCCGUUAAUCGAAAAGAAGUCACAGUCGGUGCGCAUUCGCUGCGGAUCGACGGUGAGGGCGGCGCCGUCUUCAGGGCCUCUGUGCAGACGCCGCAUGUGCGUGCCGAGCCGGGACGGGAGCUGAGACUUGAGUCGCCCACUCGUCAGCUGAAGAUGGCCGCAGCCAAAGAUAUCAAUUUGCAAUCACGUGCCGGUGCCAUAGAUCUCGUGGCCCUGAAUGAUGUCAAGUUGCGAUCACUCGAUGGAAGCGUGCGACUGGAGUCAUCGAAAAUUCUGAUGCCCAAUCUGCGCACGGCACAGCCACCGAUAAUGGGCUCUGCCCAGAGUCGAGAGCAUAUGCAUCGUGUCUUCCAGCUGUGUGCCUGCUCCAAUGGCAAACUGUUUCUUGCGGCACCACACUCGAUAUGCGCCGGCGAUGAUUCCACAGUCUGCAGGUGAUCUCACAGCAACAGCAAGCGCUGGCUAUCAUCCACACAUGCCGAUGGCGAAACUUAGGCCCAGAAACUCGAAAUAUUUGCAUAUUUGCGUUAAAGAUGAUAAAGUGAAGUGACGUGAAGUGACGUGAAGUGAAGUGAAGUGACUACAAUAUACUAGUGGAAGAAAAAACUUCUACAGCAAGCAACAUACGAUACAUUACUGCAUCCGGCAUUCAUAAUCGUUCAUAUCGAUACGACAUAUAGAUAGUUAGUAUUGAACCUGUAUUCGAAGAACAAAAUCAAGAGCUUCUUAGACACUUGGAUGUUGUGUAUUAGUAUAUAA